CUUUUUAACAUGGCGACGCGCAUGCUUUUAUUACGGUGGCUACUUUUCUUUAGAGCUGUAAUCGGUGACAGGUGCCACUUGCAGGUGUGAUAAGCACUUGCAUUUGGCGAUUCUACCGCAGAAAAACAUGACGCCACAAAACGAUUUUUACUCGUGCUGCAUCGACGAGAUAGCGCUGGAAGGACUCGAUGGCAUCACGCUACAGGCACUGUGGGUCCGCCUGCAGCUGCGUCCAAAUUUUACUCUCUCUCUGGACAGCAAGUCCAAAGCCUUCAUAUGGAGCGCGCUGGUCCCAGAGACUCGCCUCAGCUUCUACGAGCUCCAAGAGCCCCGCAUGGACCUCGUCAUUUACGACCGGUACAAGAACGUGGAUCCCAACACGGGAUACGUGGUCGAACCCAAUGUGCUUCCGCCGGAUCCUUACCCCUACAAGUUGGUCAACAAGAACGGGCAGCUCGGCUCGUGCUGCGCAUUUGACACUCGCAAAGAUGUCAGCGACGAAGUCCGGCAGAGCUCACUCAACCUGGACGACGCCGUUGCUAGGUGGGGCAACCGUUUGGUUAUAGUGGCCGACCAAAUAACUCGUGAGCGAGCGCUGAUCGGGCCCAACAACUCGAUCACGGACUUGGACCUGAGCGAAGUAAAGUACUGCAUAAUGGAGCGUAUUGGUCGCUCCCGUUACUUGGGCCAAACGACGCAGGGGAAACUGGACCUGCGUGUGUUGAACCUUACACACGCGACCAUGUUUAUCAUGCGCAAGCAGUUAGUGCAGCGAAACCUAAUCACGAAGCAGGACUUCUGCCUGAAGAUGGAGGGCGGCGGUAGCAGAGUAGGUUUCUUGCUCCAUCUGCCGCGGUUCUUCGUUGAGGUGAAAACUAAGAGUCAGAUUAUGGCCCGGGAGCUCUGCGCCCUGUUAGACAGCAAACCGAACAAGCGCGAAGAGUCGUCCAAAUUGUUUAACGAGCUUGGCCUGACGGCCACGGCGGCAAAAAAACUCAUGUAUGGCCCAGCGGCCAAAUACGUGGCACGGCAUACUGUGCCGUACAGCGAGUUCUAUCCAAACUCGCCGCACGAGGAAUGUUACACAAAGAACAACAAGCCGCGCAAUGUUCGCAUCUGUGAGCUUAUCAGGCCUUACGAGGAGGAGGAAGAAGAGGAGGACCUCGAAGGGUACAUCGCCGACAAGAGCACGGGCCUCUUCUUUCACCCGCAGAAGUACACGUAUGACAGGCCGAGACUUAACCAAGCUUUGAAGGAGGUCUACAAGACUGGUACGGCAGGAAUGACUUUGCGUGAACUAUAUGCCGCCUUAAUGACAACCCGCCUGGAGGUUCGGAAUCUCCUGAAGGGGUUGAUGAGGAGACAGCUUGUGGUACCAUACAGGGAGGAUGUGGGCAAGCAGCGUGUGAUCAGGUACUUUUGUCCAGAGUAUGCUACAAAGUCUGAGAUGCACAAGAAGAUUGUAGCUGAGAAGAAACGCAUGCUAGAGCAGCCAAGAGUAGAUCCACCACCCGCUAAAAAGCAAAAGACAGAUGCUUCCUCACUGUCAAAAUCACUAUCGGCUGCAGAAGUGCAGGAAGCAACAAAAGAAGCUCCAGAAAAAGUGGAAACAACUGAAUCAGCUGCAAAGAAGGCAGAAACGCCUGCUGUCGCCAAACAGCUGCCUGUAGGCACGAGCACAGCAAGAGAGGAGCUGAAAGAAGCCGAAAAGGGCAUAGACACUCCUUCUUGCUCAGCUUCCAAUGAUAGCUUGCAUGACAGCACCGCAGAUGCUCCUGAGGUUGAGCAACCCACUAUUACUAUAGAAACUGACGGUGUCUGCUUCUUUCCGAAAGUGAAGCCACAGGGAACAAUAGGCUUCCCUACACUCUCGGAGGUGAUGAAUCGAAAGCCCCUGCAAAAGCUGCUCCCUUCCUACAAGAUGCUCAUGAGGGCAAAUAGGAUCAUCGAGUAUCUAAAGGCUGAGAAAGUGGUCACGGACUUCAACAAACUGCAGAAGGCCCUGCAAAAGGCCGAGGAAGAGGAAGGCUCAACAACGAAACUGGACCGGGUGUCCCUCGGGCGGCUGGUCUCCAAGCUCUGCAAUGGCGGGUACCUCAAGACUAUUCAUACUGUCCUGAGACUGGGGCAAAAUGUGAGGGACCUCAAGCUGAUUUGUAUGCCAUCUGUCACCAAAGAUGAUGAAAUCGUCAAGGCGACCAUAGAGCAGGCCAAAUUCAAGUAUUUCCAAGCCACACCAAAGGAGCCCAAGAAGCCAGAGUGCAGCCCUGCACCCGAACCCAGUACCUGUUCCAAGAUGACUUACAAUCCUGCCAUAGGGCGCUACUAUGGAGCACAGCCAAAGUUUCGCAGGAUGCAUCUCUGUUAUGCCUUCAUGCAUUACUUGUUGUACAGCUACGAUGGUGUUGCGCAAGAACGGUUAUCGGAUGACCCUACAACCCCAACACAGUACCAGAAGGCUGUUAGCUGGAAGAUGUUUGUUCCCCCUCUGUCCAACAGUCCAAGCACGCCCAAUGGAUGGGUCUUGUUUGCAGACAUCCUACUCUCACUGCCACUCUCUCUCUUUGUCAAGAUUGCGAGCUCAAUCAAGCACAAAAUUGAAGGGCUCGAAGAGUACCUUCAUGAUAAGAUUAAGUGUCACUACCUCGUUCGAAGUCUGCCUGUGAAGCUGAGGAAUGCGCUGCUUUUUGCCAGGAGGUACAUCUACUCAAUCCACGAGACAGUGAAGAGGCUGGCGUUUGUAGGGAUGGUCACCUUUGGGCCACAGCGCCUCAAGGAGAAGGACCAAGUCUACCUUUUCCUGCACAGGAAUCUACGCAUCAAAGACACAAAAAUCUCUCAUCCAGGUUACCACCAGGUAUCGACUGACAUUGAGUAUCCUGUAAAGCACUUCUUUCUUGAAACUCAGCAGGACGUCGACCACUUCUGGUUGGAAGUAGAGAACACUUGCAUUUGCACUCCUCUUGGAAUGCCGCAGUCAAUACAAGGUCAAACCAUAGAGCUUCAGAAUUUGUACAAGAAGCCAGCCAUGAUUGAAGCCUGCAGAAACAGAGAGUUUGGAGAAGAGCAAGACAAUGGCACAGUUCCCGGUGACCAGCUUGGGGCCGCGGGCUUUGACUCUGCCCUCUUUGCACAUCUCAAGAGAAACUGGGCCUGCGCCACCCCGAUGCCUGCAAAGCUGAGCACAUCCACCGCUGAAAGCAGAAAGCCAAACCCAAAAGGUGCUAAGCCUCUGCAGAGACUUCUUAGCUAUUUGGACAGAGCUUCGAAAAACACAGGAGCUAAUCCUCCUCAAAAGCAAAGCCAAAAAAGGGUUCGAGAUGCAAUUUCUCGGAUGUCAGUGUACUACCCAAAACAACCAGAUGGCAAGCCAUUGGCAGUGCCUGUUGUGAAAGGAGCAAAGAAAGCUGCUGAUCACCAGCCCAAGAAAAAAGCUCUGCAACGAAAGAAGUCUGAUAUUACCGUCAGGGUUGUCCAGCCUAGGAAGCGUCUCAAUGUUCGCAGGCCCUACUAUGAUGACAAAGAUAAAGCUGCUUUAAAGGAAAUGAAGACCAUGCGGGUUUCAUGGUCGUCACAGGAGGACAUUGUUCUGCUCAUGUGCAAGGUCUGUUCUUGGUUUCUGGACCGACAUUUGGAUAAGAUGGUGGUGCCAUUCACCGUCAUCAGGGACAUCCUGAAUGAGCGCUUUCCUGAGCUGAGCAAGGAUAAGACAUCUCGGGCAUGUCAGAGGCGACUGCGAUUUAUGUUGAUGAACCCCGCAACCAAGGCCAAUGCCUCAGUCUUCCUUUGUGAAGCACAGCAAGACCAGACGCUCGUGGAAAUGUUUCAUGGGCCAAAGCCAGUGAAAUCAGAUGAAAAACAAUGGUUGACUAUGUUCAGAACUGUCCUUGAUCAUUUGAUGAAAAAAUUCAGCAAGAGCUCAGAGGAGAGGCACCGGGAGGUCUCCCUCCCCAAUAGUUUUGAUGAGCUGAAGAACCGUUAUGAAAUCAUUGUGAGUGGCCAAGUUGAAAUGGACAGCUGGUCUUAUACAGAGCCUCAGAACCUUGUUGACAUACACUUCAGCUCAGUGGCAGUAGUGAUCCUGGCCUCGCUCGCAGCUGACGAUGGCAAGAGUAACUGGUCCUUGAUACUCUACAAAAUCUACGAGCAGUAUCCAGACAAUCUUGUUCGCUCUGUGACUGCUCGACUGAGGCACAAUGGUGUCAUCUGCAGAAAGCACCCAAACGCCAAGAAACUUUUCAUCUCUCUCAACCUCUCCAUGCUGCCGUUCACACUGUCCCGGAAGUUCCAAUUCGAUAUGACGCGGCGCUACUCGCCUCAGCACAUAACAUCGAUGGGAAAACUGCUGCUUGAACUCUUGGCGAAGCGUAGGAGUGGUGAGCCGUAUAGCUUCCAUGAUGGUAUUGAGCCAGCAUAUGCACCAUUGCUGUUCACACUGCUGCUGAUGAACAAGCUCAGUUACACUAUGGAAGUGCCUCAAGCAAUAGUUGAAUACGACUGUAGCAUGGCUGCUGGGAGCAUGCACCUGCGGAAGCCAGAAGGCAGAAAGGCAGAACCAACUGCCUCCGAGGCUGAAGAGCCCCUCGGGAGCAACUCCACACUCUGCGACAAAGCAAAGAGCCUCAACUUUGUGACAGCUGGUGGCAAUGCCAAGACGUCUCGUUCAUUCCUUUAUAUGCUCAGGCAAGACAUGACGAAAGCACUCCAAUACAAUCACUUGCGUCCUCAGGACUAUGUAGUCAUCAAAUCAUGCAAGCUCGACUUCUCACUCACCGACGAGGAUCUCAUCCCAGGCUGGACUCUCGAGGACCCCACAGACAAGUCGUAUGCUCUGAAAGUUCGUAACCCUUUGUACGAUAAGAUUAUCCAAGAGCAACGUGCCUGCUACAGCUUGAGUGCAGUCAGCCACUCCUGGACAGCAGAAGGCAUCGCCGAUGCUUACAAACAGGAGGGAAAAGCCCCCGAAGAUGCCCAGCUUGGAACUGAAAUCUACUACUUCAUUCUGAAGAAAGAACAGCUUGGAGUCACCUAUGCCCAGCUCUGCGAAGCCCUCAAUUCAGCUAUGGACAGUGUGACGCUGAACUCUCACCUUGAUUUCUUGGUUGAAAGGAAAAUUAUACUGCGUAUUGGAGUGACAUGCAUUCGAUACGUUGCGCUUCAGCACUGCAAACCUUGGGUGAUCCGUUCUUUCAAAAUCCCUAAAGAGAUGCGUGCCUACACCUCAACUCUUGGAGAGCAGGAGCAUGUCCUAAGAGCCAAAGUAAGGAAGGUAGCAGAAACAGACCAGCUCAAGGUGACUAGCAACACCGGUGGCAGGUCGGAGAAUGCUGCUGAAGGUGGUGCUGAUACUGGAGGAACCACUGCAGAAGGUGCACCAGGAAGCACAGGCUCCGAACCCUCAUCGUCAUGUUCUUUGGAAAAUGCUGGCAAGGAGAACAGCUGUGCUUCCACUGUGAGUAAGGACGAUAAAAGUGAAAUUGGAUGGAAAAACACAAACAGUCGACGGACGCGAGACAGCAAUAGCAGUUGCCUUAAACGAACUUAUUAUGAGGCAAUGACAAAGAACAUUAAUGUGGAGAAUUUUGAGAAGAUAAUGUACAUUCCGAGGCUGUGGAGGAAGCCUGAUGGAACACUGAACCGCCCUGUGUUCUUCCAGCUCCUGUCCGCAGUCCUGUCGUACAUCUUGGACAAUCCCGGUGUGACGGAAGACCUGUUAAGGUCCAACUUCUCCCGUCAGAUAGAGCCAUGUGUACUGACACUGGACAUGUUACGGAUUCUGCAGCAGAUGGGUUGCAUCAGGCGAUUCUUCAUGAGGAUGGACACUGCAGCCAAGUGCAGCCUCUUCUCCAAGCGGCGUCAGCUGGUUAUUUGUGAGAGAUACUGUCCGGGCGAUAUUGUCUGCUAUGAUGGAACUCUUGAGGCCCUUGUUAACUUCACAGCUUUUUCAGUCUAUUUUCAAAAAUAAGUGGUAAUGUCUGUGCAUGCUAGGCAUGCUCUACUGUGUCCAGAUAUAUUACAUCUGUGUAGACUGCCUGUGUCAAUUCUUUGUAAAUUGCCUGAACGAUGCCUUUGUGUUCUGCACAGGAAGAAUAAAAAAAAAACAUUUCGCAUUCCAAUGAGUGCAGUCAAACUCGGAAGUUACCAUGCCCGUGCGAACGUAGCUGAGUGACUCCCAGCCUUGUGAAAGUAAAUCCUUGUUAUUGUGCACUUGGUCUGCUGAUAAUACAGCAUAAUACAUUCUUGUCCUAGAUAUAACUUGGAAUCUAUUUCACAUUUGCAGUAAUUGGUGCUGCUAUGCAAUGUAGUGCAAUUUCUAGAUGCAAUUGUAGCGUCUAGGAACUUUUGAAAACUAUGUAGCUAGUACAUGUGAAAUAUAAAUUCUGUGUUGCACAAAGGAAAGAGGUCAUGAGCAUCUUGGCUUGCAGCUUACUUUAAAGGUGUGUCCUCAUGAUGGAGAUGAUUGAGCUUUAUUAAGAGCAGACAAAGUUGUUUGGCCGCCUUCCUUGCAGGUGGCCUCCUCAGUUUAGGAAGCCAUGGGGCCUGGCCACCUGCCUCGCCCUGUUCAGCUGAUGGUUGUUAUCAGGGCUGAGGCUGGUGAGCAGUGCCUCUUGCUGCUUUGGUGUGGGGUGGGGUUAUAGGGGGGAACGUCGGUGUUUCGGUCGCAUUUCCAUACUAUGUGGUACAGAGUGUUUUGCGUGUAGCAGAACUUGCAGUCGUAUUCGUGAAGUGUGGGGUAAAUGAGAUGGUAUUUCAUGCCGUGUAGAAGAAUGUUGGUUUGUAGUUGUCUAAGUUCUCUCAUCCUCUUUCGAGAGCUUUGGGUGUGGGGGGCUAUAGAUUUUUCUCCCCAGUCCUUGGUGUGUGAGUAUGUCCGUGUAUCUGCGUGGUACAGGUUUGUCCGGAGGGACUGUUACUCUGUCGCCUAGCGAGGCUGCCUGGAGAGUAUGUUUUCGGGCUGCAUUGUUGCCUCCUAGAGACUAGUGUUGUGGUGUCCAUACUAUGCACAUUUUGGGUAAGGGUUUGGUGUAAUUGAGGAUGUGUAAGGCAGCUGUCACUAUACUGCCUAUCAUGUGAUCGCGACACGCUGAUUGCUAGUCUGUCAGGAUGCUGUACACAAAAUGUGUUGUAGAAAACAGGUUUGAAGAAUAUAUGCUGCCCCUCUUGGGGAGGACAUGAAGUACAUUUCGCGAUAGUAUGGUAUGCAGAGGUCACCUAUGCCCAGCUCUGCGAAGCCCUCAGUUCAGCCAUGGACAAU